AUGAGGUGUACACAAGUGCAGAGGAAACACCUAGCUGUUUUUCAAUUAUCUGGUGAAGCAAGGAAGUGGUGGAACAAUGCAUCAAUAGGCUUGAAUUUAGAUACUCUGACAUACAUUCAAUUUUGUGAACGUCUCGAUGCGAGGUAUUUUCCAGCGACUGUCAGAGAUAAGAAGAUUAAUGAGUUUGCUAAAGUAGCACAGAUUAGAGGUGAAUUAGUGGAUGAUUACCUUGAUAGGUACAUUAGGUUAUCUCGGUUUGCAAUGUUUAUGAUACCCGAUGAAGAAAAAUUUGCUAGGAAAUUCGAACGGGGUCUUGGCGACCAUAUUCGUAGCAAAGUUGUUAGUCAUUGUUUCCCAACAUUCCAACAAGUUUUUGAGAGUGCUAGAGAUACUGAAGAUGAUUGGUUGAGGCAUAAGAAAAACGAAGAGGACUGGAACAUGACUGAAAAUAGGAGUAAGAAAGGGAAUAACCGCCAGAAACAUGAAGAUUCAGCUGAUUGGAAGAGACAAAGGAAUGAAAAUUACAACGACAAGGACAAGAAAGUUGGGGAUGUACGACCAUUUCCUUUCCACUGUUUUAAUUGCAAAGAAAUUGGAUACAAGAAGGUUGAUUGUCCUAAACCAAUUAAACACCAGAGACAUCAGAACCAAUAUAAAGGGGGAAAUAAGAGAAAUCCUACUCAAGGUAGAUUCCACGCAUUAGUACCCCGUAAAGGGAAUGUAGCGGAUAAAGAAUAG